AUCAUUAGUUCAUAGGUUCUCAAAACGGUUCUCGGUUGAGUGAUCAGAAAGUUGUUCGGUUUAAUGAUCCGAAACCUAUGCAACCGAUUCUAGACUCGAGAACGAGUUCUCUUUUCACAGGUGUAACUGAAUAACCCUGGAUAUUUAUCGAGUGUCAGACAAGUUUAUAAUAACUUAUGUCAUUUGUUUAUUGGUGAGCAGUGGAGAUGCGAAUCGUUUUAAACGAUUCAGUUCAUUUGGUGAACUGGCUCGACCGGUUCAGUGUGAAUAACUAGUGAAAUAGAACGAUUCGUUCAAGAACCGGCACGAGCACGAGCUCAAUCGGAUCAGUCCUGCAACAGACUCUCCGCGCCGGGAUUGCGAUUUCUGAUGAAAUUAUUCCUUCCAUUAAGAGGUUAUUCACCAGUGAACGUUUUUUUCCAUCCUCAGCCAUGUCAACAAAAGAAUCGAACCCAUAUCUCAGCCAUUCCCAGGCUACAGAGAUUAUGAAGCGCCUCUACGGCUUGACCGUGUCCGUCGUUCUACCAUUGCCCAGUUAUAUUGAUCAGAACUUUUACAUUGCCGCCAGUGAAGGUGGAGAAUUCCUGCUAAAGAUUCUGAACUCUGCAGACAGUCAAAACAGCUCUGUUAUCGAGGUCCAGACUCAUGCCAUGAACUUCCUGCAUCAGAGAGGCUUUCCUGUCCAGACCACUUUGCCGACUCUGACCGGCCAACUCACGAGCUUGGAGGAAAUCGAUUGUGGUUUUGGCAUGCAGAAAUAUUUAGUGCGCUUGCUUACCUACCUUCCCGGCAUUACUAUAUCCAAAAUCACCCGCAGUCCUCAGAUCUUGUAUGAUGUUGGGAAAAUGGCUGCAACACUGGAUACAGUUUUACUACAAAUGGAGCAUCCGAACAUCAGCGCCCUUCAGAGAGAAGAUCUUAUGUGGAAUCUUGCCAACAUUCCUCUCUUAAACCAGCAUAUUCAUUUGAUGGAUGGGGAUCCCAUACAAAAAACUGUUAAAGCCGUUCUGGAGCAGUACCAGAUCCAAAUCGUGCCAAAACUACCAUUGUUUCGCAAGUGCAUUAAUCAUGGAGACUUAAAUGACCGCAAUCUCUUGGUGGAACCCGAUGGACCCUCAAAGUACAAGAACUCCGGGAUCCUUGAUUUUGGAGACAUGAGCUGCGGGUAUUUCAUAUUUGAGCUGGCCAUCACUAUCAGGUACAUGAUGAUUGGGAGCUCCAAUCCAGUAGACGUCGGAGGUCCAGUGGUGGCGGGAUGGGAAAGUGUUUUUCCUCUCAACGAGGCAGAAAGAGACUCGCUCUAUUUGCUGGUUCUCUGUCGGUUCUGCCAGUCUCUGGUUAUGAGCCGACGCACUGUGAUCCAGCAGCCAGAGAAUGAGGAGUAUGUGAUGGUGGCCUCCAAGUCAUGCACCGACCACAUCUGUCAUCUUUGGGAGCUGGGUAAAGAGGAAGUUGAAAGAAUAUGGUUCCAGAGUGCUGCACGGUUCAGCCAACCAUGACUUAAGAACUCACUGACAACUGCUUGCUCUGAAAUAUAUGCAGAAAUACCCCUAUUUUAAUAGCUCCGCCCCCCACACAUACGUACAUAACCAAGGCAACAAUUAGUUCUGUGAAAACAAAUGUUACACUGUGUCCUCGACAAAUCCUCGUAAAAACACUCGGCUACGUCUUAAAUAAACCUAAACAGAUAAGAACGUACUUGAUGUGUGUCAGUAUAAGGAAUCCCUUUUUUUUUGUAUAUUUGGCUAAUAAUGGUAAUCAUGCAAAUAAAAAAAACACACUUGAGAAUUACUCAAUAACUUUAACAGCCACACUUAAACACCGUCAAAUGCUGUUUAAGUAAUUUGUAAAAAUACAUUUAUCAUAUAUUUACUCAUAUAAUUCCUCUUUUUAUAUUAAUUUUAUAUCAUAAUUAACUAAAAUGUAUCACAUCAGAUAAAAUAUAGUCUACUACGGACUCUUUUUGCUUGAAACAACUUACCGUUUGUGUACAUUGAAAAUACAGAUAUUCAGUUCAAACUGA